AUGAAAAUUAAGCUUACGUAUGCGAACGUAAUCCAGCACCUGUCAGUGGCAUGUUCCGAUCAGCCCAAUUUUGAGCUGCUUCGGGACUAUCCUGAACUACGCCGGCUCACGUUCAAGAUACUGGUCUAUAGGUACUGCCCCCUUCCAGUCGGCAAUCAGUCGCUUGUGGAGCUGCUUUCGGUCUUUCUCAACCGCACCCAACUGUCAUCCAUCAGAUCGAUAGCUUUCGAUGGCAAUGCGAAACAUUCCGACAAAAUGACGCUUGAUCCGCAUCUAUUUUCCGGACUUCAAAAUCUAAAGCUUCUAAACAUCAAUAAACUAACUACGAACGCGUUCGAUAAUCCACACCUGUUCAAGCACUUUCUUCAUCUAAAGAAACUACAAUUUACGGGUAACAAUCGUAUUCCUGGAAAAUGUUCACACCAACUAAAGCAACUCGAGACAUUUUCCAUAGAAGAUUCUGAAAUAUCAAUACUUCCAAUCGAAUUGGUUUCCAAUCUGACUCAUCUUGAAAGUUUGAGUGUUCGCAAUAAUAGCCUCAAGCAAGUCGAACGGUUUGCCAUGCUAUCGAGUUUGACUCAUCUCAACUUCGGUUAUAACCAACUGGUAUCACUACACAAUGACGUGUUCUAUGGAUUGCCAAAACUCAAAGAACUCGACCUGUCAUCAAAUAAACUAACCAGACUAUCCGCCGAGUUGUUCGGAAAGAACAAGAACCUGAUGGACUUUCUGGCAGAUAAUCAGCAUGGUUCCGGACUUGUACUACAAGAUAAACUUUUCGCAGGGCUAAUAAUGCUUCAGAAAGUGUCUCUAUCUAACUGUAACAUAACAGUGCUACCAGAAAAACUCUUCGCUGGAGCCAACGAGAUUAAAAUUAUCAAUCUCAGUAACAACAAGCUUCGAAGUCUGCCAGAGAAUUUGUUUCGUAAUUUGUCCAACUUGGUGGAACUUAAUUUACAGAAAAACAAAUUAAAAAGCAUGCUGCCAGAUACCUUGCUGGCAGAUGCCACUCAGCUACAAACUCUUAAUCUUUGCCAUAACAAACUAACCACGGUGAACAAGCAUCUACUGCAAUCUUUAGGCAAUUUGAGAACGUUACAGCUCGGCUAUAACCUGUUGUAUUUGAUUGAUGUGGAUGCGUUCAAGUCUCAGUCGAAGUCUCUAACAUCGCUAAAGCUCGAUCACAACCGACUUACAUUGCAUGAAGAGAACAAGAAUGCCUCUUUUGGCAAUACAGAAAUCAACAGUUCAUCCUGGAUCCUUUUUAGCACUUUGAACAAAGUUAGACGUCUGGAUCUUUCUUACAAUGCAAUCGACCACAUAUUUGUACCGUUUCAAAAUUUCAUGGAAAGCCUCCGCACGCUUAUCCUGUCGCAUAACUUGAUCACACAUAUUGGCUAUGCAGAACUCUCAUUUCUUUUUAACAUUGAGGAUGUCAACUUGAAGUCAAAUAAGAUAGCCCAUCUCGACUUCAACCUUACCUCCAUUCCAUCGCAUCAUCUCUUCAAUGGUCCAAUCCAGCUAAAUGAUAAUCCAUUCAAUUGUGACUGCAUGUCCUACCCGCUAGUAACAUAUCUUAAAGCAGAAUCGUACUCCAGUAAAUUCGACAUGCUAGAGGGACUUCAAUGCGCUCAGCCGUUAAAACUGCUUGGACUCCAACCGCAUGAAGUGCAACUGGAGGAUCUUAUUUGUGCCAUGGAUACUUCCUCUGGAUUCUGUCCAACUGAGUGUAAAUGCUCCAAACGGGCCGUGGAUCAAUGUGCCAUUGUAAAUUGCACCGCGUCUAACCUUACCCGCGUGCCCGUCAUCCACAGUCCCUCGAUCAUGGAGUGCAAUUUUAUCGAGCUGCAUCUGACACAGAAUAAUAUCCGUUACCUAUCCAACGAGGGUGAAGGAUGGAAUUCCGUUCGUUGGCUUAACGUAUCAAACAACAGGCUUAUCGCUCUGUCUGCAGAAAGUCUGCCCAAAAACCUUGAGCUACUCGAUGUAUCUGGCAACCAAUUAACUGAGAUUGAUGCGGUCUUCAUACAGAAGCUGAAGUCUUUCACCCUGCUUAACAUCACCCUGUCGUCAAAUCCUUGGAAGUGUGACUGUGCAAACCCACUGCUUACAUUUGCUGUUGAUAACGCAGCACGCAUUACCGAUUACGUUGCCCUUCAGUGCACCGACGGGCAACCGAUCAACUCGGCUACACUGAAAGAGUUGUGUGCGUGGUUAACAUUGUUUCGUUUGUAUAUCGUUAGCGCAGCAGUUGCGGUGGCGUUCGUUGGCUGCAUACUCACCAUAUGGUUGUACGUUAAAUAUAACCUAGAGAUCAAAGUGUGGCUCUUCAAGCAUAACUUGCUACAGUGGUUUGCCACGGAGGAACAAAUUGAUAUGAAUAAGAGGUACGACGCAUUCAUCUCGUACUCACACAAGGAUGAGGAGUUCGUCACAAAGGAACUGUUGCCGAAGCUUGAGAGCAAAGAGCUCAACUUCAAAAUCUGCUGGCACGUGCGUGACUUUAUGCCGGGGGAGAUGAUCGCCAACGAGAUUACAAAAGCUGUUGAAGAAUCGCGACGCACCAUUAUCAUCCUCUCGCUCAAUUACCUUGAGUCCGUUUGGGGCCAAAUUGAGUUUACCACCGCGUACUUACAGUCGUUGGCGGACAAAUGCAACCGCGUCAUUCCCAUCAUUUAUCAAGAUAUUGGCGACAUCGAACAACUUGAUCCACAGCUCCAGGCGUACCUAAAGACCAACACGUACGUCCGCUGGGACGAUCCGUGGUUCUGGGACAAGUUGCACUACGCCAUGCCUCAUAAGCGUCGAUCGAAGGGUGUGCAGGGAACCAACAACAUGUGCAUGGAAUCCGUGGACAAACGAAAUUCACUAAAAACACCAACUACCACUGCAGCGCUCAGCAACGUGGUUGAAAAAGACGAUGCCAACGGUGUAGAGACGGGAUCGAUUUCGGAUCUUUCAAGUGAAAGAGAAUGA